CUUGAAUGUUAUUAAUAGCCUUGGUGCCUUUUACGGAUCAAGUGAAGAUUUAAGUGGCUGUGUGCAUUUGUACUGAAUGACAACCUGCAGACUACAGCUUUUUACGCAACAGAGAGAGAGAGACAGCCCGGAAUUUAACCGGAAUUUAAAGAGAUGAAGUCUUCCAUCGCCUUCUCGGCUCUGCUUCAAUGUCUCUUGGUGCUCGUAAUCCAAGGCAACUAUGACAACGCAGGCCUCGAACAACUUGGUUGCUAUAGGAACCGUCACUGUGCCCUAGGAGGCCGCCCAUUUCCCGUCCACCUCAAAACCUUCCACGACGCGCUUCACAUGAACGAAAGCGAACUCGAGGUCAAAGUCAUCAGGCCAUGUGCCGAGCUCGCCAAGAAGAAGGGAUACCUGUGGUUUGGCAUAGAGUACUGGGGCGAGUGUUGGAGUGGAGAGCAUGCGCACUCAACAUAUUUCAAAGAUGGCCGCUCUUCGCAUUGCUGUAAUGGCGUCGGCAAGGACAACACUGUGUUUGCCUACAGAAUAAAGGAACCAAUGUGUGAUCAAUAUAUGACGUUUGAUGACGAGACGCGGGCGCAAAACUACACCAACAUAGACGGUCCUUUCAAAACCGACAAUAACGGCUCUACAAAUCACAUGUUUGCUGGAAACCUCUGGUACCGAUUCCUCGGCAACACAGGGACGGCCAUUGCUACAACAUGCGUCCCCCCGCGUCAUUGCGAUGCUAUUUUAACAGGAUGGAUGAAAGAUGAACACCCAAGAGUGACAGACGGAGUAGUGAACCGAACGGUCUUUUUUUCUGACUCCGAAAAUGGCAAGAACGAUUGUUAUAAUAAAAAGGUGCGAAUCCAAGUGCGUAAUUGCGGGGGCUAUUACGUGUACAAGCUGCCCGAGGUUCCCUUGAAUCCCGCGCGCUACUGUGGCAACGGCAGAGUCGGUUAAAGCUUCAAGAUUAGGACAAAGAGUUUGAAUAGAAGUGUUGUGCUAGAAAUGUAGAGGACAACUGAACAAGAAGCACAAUAAAUGUCAAAACCGAUCAA